CUGGCUUUGGAUGGUGGUAUUGAUAAGAAUGAGGGUGUGAAAUAGUUGGGUUGGGAUUGGAAAGUGCCAAUAUCAAGGCGGCGAAGUAAUAGCAAUGUUGCUGUUCUCGAUGACACUGUUUUUUGGGUUUUUUGUCGGCGCGGUGACGAUUUUAGCGGCUGAAGCUUUCGGAAUUCUCUUUAUAAUUCGGCGACUCAAUCGAAAAAUAGAACAAGAAGAAGCGAAGUCUAUUGUUUCGCAAUCUUCAGCAGGACUGAUUGAACUCGAUCCCUCUGUUUACAACAAACAGGGGGUCGUUUGGGUUCUAGAAUCAGAAAGAGUUCCCAAGACUUGGCUUGUAGCCAAAGGACCAAGAGAACAAAAGCGGAAAAAGGAUGUUUUGGAGGUCGCACCUGUUAGAAAAUAUGCAAAAAUCGAGGAUCAGUUACUUGUCCUAACAGAAUCAGAUAAUUCCCACACCAAAAUUUUGCUGAAGGGUUGUAUAAUAGCAGCUGUUUCUGCUACAAGCUUGUCCUCAAGAAAAUGGGCCAAAAGAUAUCCUAUCAAAUUGGAGAGCAAAACAUCUGUAAUAUACCAUGAAAGCAAAACCUUGUACAUGUAUGUUGAGACAUCUUGGGAGAAGGAGUCAUGGUGUAAAGCUCUCCGACUUGCUUCCUGUGAUGACAAAGAAAAACUUAAUUGGUUUGCCAACUUGAAUCUAGAGUUUCAACGUUACCUGACAUCCUUAAACACAGGUUACCCUUCAUUUAUGAAACCUUCUAUGGGUUUCACCGCUGAGUCUAUGGAUAAGUCAAUCAAGCUUGAGGGUUCUUCCUCAAAGGUUCGCCACUUUCUGAAAAAACUUGCAAAGAAGGCUUCAAAGAGCGGUAUUGAAAAUAAGGCAACCUGGAGUUCGACAUCAGGCUGUGAAGAGAAAAAGGUCCUUGAAAAAUCUCGUUUUUCACAUGAGCCAAUUUUGGCCACUGGCUUGCUAAAGACAUCUACAAUUGGGAAGGCUCCUAAUUGUUCUGUGGAAGAGAAUAUGGUGCCAUCAUCCUUGCCAUCUUUUCCUCAAGCAGGAAGCAGAAGCUCUGUUAUUUCUGAAGCAGAUUCUGAUGAUAUCAAUUUUGGCGAUGAAGGAACACUUUGUUGGAAUUUGUUAAUAUCACGAUUGUAUUUUGAUGCCAAAAGCAAUGCGGCUAUUAAAAGUUCCAUCCUAGCACGGAUUCAGGGGAAUGGUGUUUUCUUCAGGAAGAUUGGGGCAGAUGGUUAUGUCGUGGUGUUCGAGUUUUUGAACUGUUAA